UUUCACAGCUGCAUAUGCAGAUAUUGACAAGGUGCCCGUGGCCGGCAAGUUCCUGGUGGCAGCCGCGGAGGUACUACUAGUAUCCCGUGGAAUCAAGCCAAACUGCAGGACCAGGAUUUCCAGUGGGAACCCUUCUAUUAUUGCGCAAGGUAUCGUGCCUGACAACAACAAAAAGUGUAACUGGACGCUUCAACCAGGAGAUCUACAGCUCGAAGAAUCCCUCGGUCAGUGUUACCACAUUCGGACUGGCAACUGGUAUCGCUCGCCUCCCCCUCAUCAGCUCAUGCAAGGAGAACACUACAAAGCUCUGCGGUCAAGUUUGAUUGUCAACUUCUCGGCCGGCGUACGACUCCGAAACCAGUUGCCUCAGGAACGUCGUAGUACAUUUUCUGCUUGAUGACGCCAAACCCGGGGCGAGACAAGGGAGAUCUCGAAGACAGACAAUUGUCAUUGCCAUGCCAGUGUCGCCCGUCGACCGAGCUGUCACCGGCAGAGCAGAUCCAGAAAUGAGGGCCAUUGCGGCAUCGGCUUUUCCAAAAACCUAAUCUUGGAUGCUUGUUGAGAAAAAGGCAAACUGCCCGAUCGUGAUCACCUAUGCCAUUCUUGUUAGCUUGACGCAAGAGCAUAACGGCUGUUAGACUCGGACUUUUAUUGUUUCUGACCCAGUACGUGCAGCUACUGUACAAUAUGCCCAAUAAAACAAUAUUCCUCCAGGGUGUCAGGUGGAAGUCCGGGCCUAACAUCGUAGCUCUCUGCACGCCACGCCGUCGGACGCGGCUUCCGGAUGUGGCGCUGGAGCUCAUCCACUGAUCACCGCUCACGGUUUUCAUACUGCAUUUCACCACGAGAUGCGAGCACCAGAAUAUACAGCGUGUCGUCUCUAAGGUAGGCAGCAUGAUCGGCUCGGGCCUCUGAAGACUCUGGCGACGAGAGUGGUCGCCAUGCUCUUCUCGCCAGGCAAUCCAGGCACCUCGGCGAGCGAGGGAAGCUCUCCAUCGUCGAAAGCUACCCCUGUCGAGCAAACGGCAGCGGAGACCAAUAGCUGUCGCUUUGACCCUCCGGGGAAAGCUCCCGGAUCUUGGUUUGUCAACGUCAUAACAGCGACCAAACGGCCCUGUCUUGACCUCAUGUUCCGCGCGGCCACGUCGCUGUCACCCUUUUUUUCUGUCCGCUGCAUGGCUCCACCUCCUCCUCUUGACCAAAGCGACAUGGGGAGCCAGCCUCGCCUCUCUUCGAAGCAUCAUCGACUUUCCGACCGGCAGUUCCAGCGGUACCCUUGCUGCUGCAACAAUGUACAUAGUACUACCACAUUGGAAAUGUCUUCCUUCUGCUCCUGCUUGGGCGGAUCACGACGUCAGGCCCUUGCUCUCUGAACCACCAUGGCGUCCUCUGGGGGCGUCAUUGGUGCGUCUGAUCGUUCCGAUACUCGGCCAGCAUCAAAUAUUGGAGGCGAACAAGUCCUAGCGGUAGGGGAUCAAUCAAUAACUGCGUCCCAACACGAGCGUUUCUGUGACAUUUGUUUUCUUUGCGUGAGGUCAUCUACCCCCCAGGUCUGCCCAGCUACAGAUGUUUAUAUGUUGCGCAUUGAUUCUUCAUCCAGCCUGACAGCCCAGCCUUCAAUUGAUUGAGCACGUACUUGUCACAAGCAGAGGUCAGGUCGCAAGUAUGAAGUCCGGAUCAUCGAUCGUGCUCCUCGGCAUCGGGGCGUUGGCAGCAGCCGCUCCUCAGGUCACUCUCACUCCGCUCAGUGGCCCUAUUCCUCCUGUUCGAAGCUCUGAGGUUACCGGUCCUACAUCCCAUGGACCUUUCUCGGGCACUCCCACCACCGUAGGCGCCUUGUCCAAGCCUGCGACUGCUCAGUCGAUCGCGCCUGCCGGUUCGCCUGUGGUCACUUACACCAACACCAAUGGCGAGCUUCAAGCGACCUACAUGCCCGUGCCGUAUCAACCCGCCGGCGGCCAGGGUUUGAAUGGCACGAUUCCCUACUACCACCCUCUCUCGGACUUCGACUACGAGUCCCUCACCUUGGCCCUGUAUCAAGAGUGGAUUGAGUUGGAUCUGUUCCACAAUGCGCUUGCACGAUUCUCGGUCGCAGACUUCGAGGCCGCCGGCUUGACCGCCGAAGAUCGGUUCUUGAUUGAGUUUAUGGCUGACCAGGAAGUCGGCCACGCGACUCUGCUGAGCAACAUUCUUGGGCCUGCUGCGCCGCCUCAAUGCACAUACAACUAUCCAUUCCAAAACGUUCGCGAAUUCGUUGAUUUCUGCCAGAAGUUAACUCGUUUCGGCGAAUCGGGCGUCUACGGCUUUUUGGGACAUCUGGAUUCUCGAGAAUCCGCAACGCUUCUCUUGCAGUCCAUCACCACCGAAGCGCGCCAGCAACUCAUCUUCCGCCAAUUCGACGGCUUGUUCCCCAUGCCAGUAUGGUUUGAAGUGGGCGUGCCACAAAGCUGGGCCUGGACUUUACUCGCACCCUACAUCUCAAGCUGCCCGGCCAACACAACUCGUCUAGCAUGGCAAAACUUCCCCUCUCUCACCGUGCUCAACCAACCAAACCCAGCGAAGACCAACCCGAACCUGGGUCCCGAUCAGCCAGGCACGGGCUCCAACCCUCUCAACACCACCGGCGUUGCGGCCAGCAACCUUUGUCUCAAUGCUACCGGCGAAUCUUCCGACUGCGGCCCGGCAAUCAGUCAAAACCGCUCCAUUCCACUGUCGUACCCAGGUCGCCCCGUCCAUUUCCAAUGGGGCAAUGUCAACGAGACCGUCGGCCCCAACAACUCGUACGUCACGGCCCGAUCUCCCCUGGCCGAUGCGCCUCGAUACGCCAUGUUUGUGUCCCAGCUUAAUGCCACUUAUGUCCCGCUCGUCAAUAUCAGCGGCAACACGGCCUCGGCUGUCCAGCCUAACAUGAGCACUUUUGCUGGCGAUCCGGCGGCCAACGGAACAAUGUUUAUUGUUAUUACCUCGCAGAACCCAUACGUCACGGCCUUCAAUUUGAGUAUGGUCAACCCUUAUGUUUAUUCUGGGCCGGUGUUGUACCAGUCUGGCUAAAGGAGACAAAUUGUCCAACAGUCCGGUCUGGAUCAAAACGGUGUGUCUUUCGUCGGUUGCGUUGCGGUGGGAUAAUAUCAGGCAGAGACUCCUGCCAGUGAUGUGGGAAUAUGUUAUUCAAAUCUCUCCCAACAACAGGGGUGAUUUGUGAUUGAUUUUGGUGAUCAUGCCUCCUACACAAAUACCGCUCAACGCCUUAAUAUAAGCCUAAUCAUAUUUAUUUACCUACAUAUCUAUCUGGGUUUUUGCUCUACCUUACUUGGUAAUUAUAUGGAAUGUAUUUUAGACAAAUUUAAAGCCAUUAACGCAUCUAAUUACUGAUUUCAACUACCA